CACCUGGGGUAUCACUGACACACCCAGCGCUACUGCCUCUGCAACCCGGGCGUGUUCACCUGCACAGACACGUGCUACGUGCUGUCGUUCGCCGUGAUCAUGCUCAACACGAGCCUGCACAACCCCAACGUGCGGGACAAGCCGUCGGCCGAGCGCUUCGUGGCCAUGAACCGCGGCAUCAACGACGGCGGCGACCUGCCCGAGGAGCUGCUCAGGAACCUGUACGAGAGCAUCCGCUCGGAGCCCUUCAAGAUCCCCGAGGACGACGGCAACGACCUCACGCACACCUUCUUCAACCCCGACCGCGAGGGCUGGCUGCUCAAGCUGGGAGGCGGGCGGGUGAAGACGUGGAAGCGCCGUUGGUUCAUCCUGACCGACAACUGCCUCUACUACUUCGAGUACACCACGGACAAGGAGCCGCGGGGAAUCAUCCCCCUGGAGAACCUGAGCAUCCGCGAGGUCGAGGAUCCGCGCAAACCGCACUGUUUCGAGCUGUUCAUCCCCAACAACAAAGGGCAGCUGAUCAAGGCCUGCAAGACGGAGGCGGACGGGCGGGUGGUGGAGGGGAACCACGUCGUGUACCGGAUAUCGGCCCCGACCCGCGAGCAGAAGGACGAGUGGAUCAAAUCCAUACAGGCAGCGGUGAGCGUGGAUCCCUUCUACGAGAUGCUGGCGGCGCGGAAAAAGCGAAUUUCUGUCAAGAAAAAGCCGGAAAAUCCCUGAAAAUUCCCAAAAUUCCCAAAGGGGGCGGGACCCCCGGAAUUCCCACCUGGAACCUCCCAAAAAUUCCCAAAAAAUUUUUGGGGAAAUUUCUCCCAAAAUUCCUCCGGACUGGGAAAGGACCAAGAGGCUCCGGGAGCCCCAGAAAUUCCCAAAAAUUCCCAAAAUUUCAGCUCUGGAACCUCGAAAUUCCCAAAAAUUCCCAAAAUUUCAGCCCUGGGAUCAAAAAAUUCCCAAUAAUUUAUCACUGGAACCUCAAAAUUCCCAAAAAUUCCCAAAAUUUCAUCACUGAAAUCUCAAAAUUCCCAAAAUUUCAUCACUGAAAUAAAAAAAAUUCCCAAAAUUUCAUCACUGGAACCUCAAAAUUCCCAAAAUUUUAGCCCUUGGGGAAUCCAAAAAUUCCCAAAUUUUUCAAAACUUUAUCACUGAAAUCCCAAAAUUCCAUCACUGGGAUCAAAAAAAUUCCCAAAAUUUCAGCUCUGGAGCCCCAAAAUUCCCAAAAUUUUCCCCCCCUGGGAAUCAAAAAAUUCCCAAAAUUUCAUCACUGGAAUCUCAAAAUUCCCAAAAUUUCACCCCUUGAAGCCCCAAAAUUCCUCCCAAAAUUCUUCCUAAAAUUCCCAAAAUUUCCCUCAAAAUUCCCUUUGGGAAUUUCCCAAAAUCCUUCCCAAAAAUCCUUCCCAAAAAUCCCCUCUUGGAGUCCCAAAAUUCCCAAAUUUUCUCCCCAAAAAUCCCAAAAUUCCAUCUAAAACCCCAAAAUUUCUCAAUUUUUCCCCCAAAAUCCCCCAAAUUUUUCCCUUUGGGAAUCCCAAAAUCCCCCAAAAUUCCCAAAAUUUCCCCCAAAAUUUGGGAAUUUCCUCGUUUGGGGCUCCCUGGGGGUCCCGGCCCCUCCCCCCCCUUUAUUUAUGAUCCCAAAUAAAAUCCCAAAAUUG